AUGUCUUCAAAAGGAAUAUCUGCAUAUAAAGUACGUGGUAUAAUGCGAAAGGCUGCGUCAUAUCGAAUGGAUAUUGGGAAAAUUUUCGAUGAAAAUAUAUACAGCAUUAUUCGUAAUAUUUGUUCCAGUAGUCAAAUGCCUGAUGAGUAUUUAAUAACAAUGUUGCUACCGGCUAUUGGCCAUUUUGUCAAUGGCAGUCAAAUGCGUACCAACACCGGUACUCCUACAAAUAUUUCGUUUUUCACUACAAUUAUUGGAUACCCUAGUGUGAAUAAAUCUAGUGCAACAGAUGCUGUUUUGAAAGCUUGUCUCGUGAUCGAAAAGAAUAUUGGUGUAAAACCAGAGGAGAGUCGAGUCAAUUGUAGCGCAACCGUAGAGUCUCUUUUAAGUGAAUUAAAAAAUACUUCGCCUAAAUUAAUUCAGAUAUGGGAUGAAGCAGUUACUUUGUUACAAUCGUUCGGUUUAUACAAACAAGGUGGUGCUGCGUAUGAUCGGUCAAUUAUGUGUACUCUAUAUAACUCAUCAUCAGUCGUUAAACGGCAAACAAAGUCAGGAAAUAUAGUAGUCGAAAAUCCGAUCCUUAAUAUUGCUGCAGCUGCGCAUCCUGCUGAUAUAUUUUCAUCCCUUUGCAAUGAGUCUGAUGAUGAUGGACUUAUGGCUCGAUUCCUUUUCUCUGCUCCUGAGCCUUGUAUCCCUUUGUCAGGUGAAAUAACAAAUCUUAAUAUUGAUAAUCCAAGUCUAGCUCACUUACUAUUUGUUAUAUAUUGUUUUAAUUCAACGGAGCAUAAUGAUACACGACGAGCAACAGUUGGUGAUGGUGAUGAUGAUCAUAUAAUAUAUACGUAUUCCGAAGAUGCGCAAAUGAUACGUGCAGCAUAUGGUAUUGAUCAAGGUCUAGGAUCUAUCUUGGGAAAGGCAAAAGUACAAGUGAGCAGAUUAGCUGGAGCUUUACACGCUACCACUUUAGCUUCCGCUGUUUUUGACCAAUUGAUUGAUCAUAAUUCAUUACCUGGAUACGGUGAUACCACACCACAGGUAUUUGAAAUGCUUAAACGAGUUGUAAAAGAUUUUAAACAAACUUAUAAAUGGACAGUAGUAUCCGAAGAUACAGCAAAGGCAGCGGUGUUGUUAAUGAAUUACUAUGUCACCCAAAAAAAAACAUAUACAAAUCGUAAGUAG